AGUCACUCUGGGGUAGUUCAGUGUUUAGUGUAAUGACCUGAUGACAGAUGCGUAAAGCGAAUCCGUGUUGUUGUAGGCAUGCCUUGUCCGCGGUGAAAGGUUGAAACGGGGAAUGGGCAGGGUAAAAGACUGCAGGCUCUGCUUUUAAAAGACUCACGUAGAGUAUAAAACUAUAGUUUCUUGCCCAUUGUGAGACGCUCGACACGAGACAGGCUACAUUACGCACAGACGGGGGGAGGGAGAGUUGAUAUUGAAAAGAAAAGAGACUGACCAGUCACAAUUCCAAGUUUACUUCGUCUGGUUGCUUCGGAACACUGCUGAUAGAUUUGGGCAUGUGGGGAACUUUCGGCAAAGUCCGUGAUUUUGAUUUUUGUGCGACAUCACGGGGUGUCAUUGUCACCUUUCUUUUCGUGGCAUUUAAAAGGCAUCCACUUUAUUUUUUGCUAUUAUAACGGUACGUGUAAUUUAUAUAUUUACAUUUUAUGUAUUUGGUUGAUGAUGGAAUGCGCUCCCUCUCGGUGACGCAAAAACCUGGACUUUAAGGCAUAUAAAUAUUUCACUCACUAGCUCUGCUUUCCAGUCAGCCUGAGCUUUUUAGGAACUUUUCUGCCUGUGCUUUUUUGAGGCCGCGGAAAUGGGAGCGUGUCAACGGGACGUUGUGUCCGCGCUUUGCCGAAAAAGUUUCCGUUGGAUUGUGCUGCUGCUGUGGCUGACCUCUGCAGCUCAUGCCACCUGGAGGACGGGGCUUUACAAAUAUUCAGCUGGGACCCAACUCAACAGAGAGUCGUCCGCAGCGUCUCAAACCUCUAUUUAUCAAAAAAGGAACUGGUGUCCCCAUACGGUCACUAAGACGGUGACUUGCCAGGUGCAGAAUGGGACAACCCUGCAGCGUGUCUACCAGACAUGUCGCUGGCCACAGGGAUGCACAGGGGGCAGCUACCGGACAGUGGUCAGACCCUCCUAUAAGGUGGUGUACCGUACCAUCAACUCUCUGGAGUGGAAGUGCUGUCCAGGCUACAGCGGCACGGCCUGUGAAGAAGAGUCAGGAAACCAGCUGGUGGCUCAGGAGGCGGUGAGGAAGCCGUCCACUCUCCGCCGACCUCCUGCCUCUGCCCGCACAGAAGCAGGAACAGGGGAGCAGCUCUCCGCCAAUUGCCUCAACUGUAGUCGAUUCACAGCCCUGACAGACAGACUCCGCUCACUGGAGGAAAAGGUCCAAGUGCUGUCCUCUCCUGCCUCCACUUCUCACCGCCACCUACAGGGUGAAGAAGGAACGGCACCGGAGUCUUCCUCACAGACAUGGGCUCCACAAACCAAAGGAGCCCCUGGCGAGCAGGGAUCCGUAGGUCCACAGGGCGAUAGAGGCAGAGACGGUACCCCUGGACAAGAUGGGAAGCUAGGGUCUCGGGGACUGCCGGGCCCCAGUGGCCCCAGGGGCGAGGCUGGGAUGAGAGGGCCUUCUGGGACCCCAGGACUAGUGGGACCCAAAGGUCCAUCAGGUCUCCCAGGAGAGAGGGGUCUACCUGGGCUUCCUGGACCUCCUGGACCCCCUGGAGUCCCGGCCCCAGCCAGCGCCCGCAUCCCAGAGCCAGACCGGGGUCAGGGCAAGGAGCUGCUCCUCUCCAACACAUUCCCUGACCCACAAGGGAUGCCUGUCCAAGGCCCACAAGGCCCUGCUGGACCUGCUGGUCCUCCAGGCCCCAAAGGCCCCGUGGGACCCCCUGGCCCAGCAGGACAGAACGGGAAGUCGGGUGACCCCGGGUUACAGGGCCCGGUGGGGCCAAAAGGAGAACGUGGGGAGAGAGGUCCUCUGGGUUAUCCAGGAGAGAGAGGUUUCAGAGGAGAGCCGGGAGUAGCAGGAGCCAAGGGAGAGCCAGGACAGAAAGGCCUGCCGGGGGACGGGAUACAUCAGAUCAGAGAAGCGCUGAAGAUCUUAGCUGAGAGGGUUUUAAUCCUCGAGACUAUGAUCGGUAUUCAUGAGCCUGAUCUAGGGUCUGGAGAUGGUCAAUACGGGACUGCGUCCCCAGGUGGUUUCUACAGGGAUAAGCGAGCAGGAGCCGAACCCUAUCGGCUCGUCUCCCCUCCUCUGUCCUCAGACACCAAGGUUCAGGGGAAGUAGCAUUGUUCCCUGCUGCAUCUCUGAGGAUCACAGGCUGGGUUUAACUACCCCCUCCCUUAGGUCUCUCUGGCACUCUACUGAUCCAGACCUUAUCUGAUACCCUCUGUGGGCUGUACCAUCAGAGGAAAGGUGGGGGACACCUCAGGGAAGCUCCACUGGUGCUCCGGAGUCUGCCCACCUCCAUUGGGAACCAGUACCAGCCACUUUUACACCAACAUACACCUCCUCGUAGACCCAUGGCUCCCACUGUGUCCCAUCCCUGUUCCCCCUGUGUCCCACCAAUGUGGCUACAGCUAGGAAAUAUUUCAAGAAAAUAUCCUAUAGGCCUCUGGAAAACAUGCAAACAUUAAAAAGCUUGAUAUGUUAAAUGGUGCUCAAUCAUCUGAAAACAAUUCUGGACUAUAAGGGUCAUUGCAGGAUAUUAUAAAUUGCGGUAAAUUAAAGGAGGAAUUAAGUGUAAAAGAAAAGACUGGCUCUGAGAAUUUGUUUGGACUGUAACAAUGUUGGGAAUCUGAGGUUUACUUAUUUAAAUAUAUUGAGCAUGUACUGACUGCAAGGCACACACACACACACAAUCUCUUCCUCUUAUAUUCCUUUUGUUUUGUUUCUAUAAUAUUGUGUUAGUCCUUGCUAUGUAGGGCACUAUAAAGAUGAAGACAUGGCACACCUUUCCUAUUGAGAUGUCAGUUAGUAGUACUGCAUUGCUUAUCAGUGCACAGCAUUUGUCUUGGUGUCUGAUAACCAUCCCUUUCAAUCAAACAAAUCUAACAAGAGAUUUCAUGUAUUCAUUUUAUUCACAUUUUAUUGUAGAUUUGUUGGUGCACAAAAAAAAUGCAGUUAUGUGUUUCUAUACUCUUAGACAAUAUUUGUUCUCAACAGCAGUGCUGGAAUACAAAACUCAUACCCAUAUAGCUAAGUAUCUCCUUUACCAAAACUGAUAUGUGAUCAAAUUCCUGCAUUUAUUUCAAACCCCAAACUGCAGCUCCUGCAUAAACUGGCAGUAGUUGACAUUUUAAACCAACAAGCUAAAGCAAUGACAUCUCUAAGAACCCCCACUCAUGGGACAGGUGUAUCUUUCUCCUACAACAGCUUCAGUCCUACGCACACACACCACACAGUAGUACAGGACCUGUUGAUGCAAUUUGAAUACAUUUUUGUGUAACUUUGUACCGCUAUUACAUUCUUAUACUUAGACUGAUUUCUCUGUCACAGUAAAAAAAACUUCCUUCUUUGAUCAUUUGUUUCUUUAUCUUAUAAUAAAAAUGUUGUGAAUUAUUUAAAAAAAGAUAAAUAGAAGCUUAUUGUUUUGUAUGCUAAUAUACAGUAUGUAACAUCAUAUGUAUUUUCCAAUUUGGGCAUAUUUGAUAUUGCUUGCUAAUGUGUUAUUGUGCUAAAAUAAUCUUCUAGAUGGUUUUUAUAAUAAAUAAUUGUUUUGCUUUUUUAA